AUGGACCACUCCUACUCGGCCUCCCAAAAUCACAUGGACUUCCACUCCCUCGACCGGAAACCUUCGGCCUUCUCCUUUGACGACAACGCUACCCUCGACUCCACCAUCCUCGACACACCCGUCCUCAUGUCGCCCUCCACCAGCAACCAGGGCAUCUUCUCGCCAGAGACGUCCAUCUGGGAGGACUUCUCCGCUUCACAGUUUGUCGACCGCACAGCCACCAGCUCCGUUGUCAACACAAACGGCAACAACCCCUUCUUCACAGAGCAGAGCAACAACCCCUUCGCUCGCCUACCCCCCAACCAGGCCGCUACCUACGGCCAACAGUCAUGGCCCGUUGCCGACAACUCUGGCUCAAGGACACCCACUCAAUCCAAGCCCCUCAACCCCUUUGGACCCGGUGACUUUGGUGCCGCUUCCUUUGUCGACCAGCCCCAGAUGCCCUUCCACGGACUCCCCGUGCACCAGAACGUCCGCCCCAGUGCCGUCUUCCAGGCCGCACCAGAGCAACCCAUGUCCCCCCACACCCACUCCGACUGGAUGGCCUUCAACCAGCAAGAGAUGGACGCCCGCCCGGGUCCCAAGCGCAUGCGACCCAACACCCCUCCCCGCUCCUUCUCUCCCCGUCGUGACGGCGGCAUCCGCAAGAAGAAUGCCCGCUUCGACAUCCCUGCCGAGCGCAACCUGCACAACAUCGACACCCUGAUCCAAGGCUGCACCAACGAAGAGGACCUCAAGGAGCUCAAGCAGCAAAAACGCCUCCUUCGCAACAGACAGGCUGCACUUGACUCGCGGCAACGCAAGAAGAAGCACACUGAGGAGCUCGAGGAAGAGAAGAAGCAGUGGAUGGAGAAGAUUUGCCAGAUGCAAGACGACUUCGCUGCCAUGCGCCUCGAGUAUGACGCCCUUGUUGCCGAGAAGGAGAACUGGCACCGUGAGUCCAUGGAGAUGCACCACAUGGUCAACCAGCUCCAGUUCGACAAGGAGGAGCUUGUCCGCACCCACACCAUUGAGACGAGCGAGCUCCGCAAGAAGGUCUCCGUCCUCACUGAGCGCCUUGAGGCUGCCACGGGCAAUGGCAUGGCCGUCGCCCCCAGCACCACCUUCACCGACUUCGCCUCGGAGAUGGACAACCUCAACAUGGGCAACAGCGACUGGGACAACUACAUCUUUGUCAACGACUUUGCCUCUGACGACCAGCCCACUCCCCAGCAGAACCAGGAAGUGUCUCUUGUCUCGCGCACCAAGGACGAGGACAAGCCCGUCGCUUCUGGUCUCUUGCUCAUGCUCCUCCUCUGCGGCGCCUUUGUUGCUAGCAAGUCUGGCACCGCUGCUCCUCCUAUUCCCCGCAUGCCCGACGAGGUCCGCGCUGCCUCUGCCACCGUCCUCGAUAGCAUCUUCAAGGACGCUGGUGUCGCAAACGGCCUGAGCGAGCAGAGCCUCCUUGCCACUCACGUUGCCGGUCUCGAGCCUACGCCAUCUGGCAUGGCCUGGCCCAAGACCACCAUGUCUGGCUCGGAGCUUGCUGGUAUCUCUGGCUCCAGCCUCGACCAGCUGCACUCUCACCUCACUGGUACCACCAAGGACCAGGAGCACGAGCAGCUCUUCUCCAUCACCCCCGACCAGUACAACAGCAUGACUUCCCUCGACUUUACCCGCUCGCGAUACAGCGUCACGAGCGACGACCUCUCUGACCCACUCUCGCCCGGCGCCCAGCCUUCGCACCGUCGCAACCUUGCCGAGACUCUCGCCGCCAUGCGGGAGCAGAACAAGGGCGACUCUGCGGCUGAGAUCUACACGCGUAGUCUGCUUUGGGACAAGAUUGCCCCCGAGGUCGUCCACGAGUUCAAGCGCAUUGUCGAGGAGUCUGCUGCCAUGUCACGGCCUAGCACUUCCGAGGGCACCAAGGUCGAGAACCUUGGCUAA